GCAAACAGGAUAUGACUGGUCAGUGUGGUCACAAUGGUAUAGUUAAUGUUCAGUUCAACAUGUUGUGUUCAAAAUUGGUCUACACACCUCCGACUUACAAGACUUGACUCUAAAAGAGCGAAAAUGUUCAAGGGGAACAGAACAGGUACAGAGACUCAUUUGAUUAUAACAACUUACAAACACGUUUCAGUCAUACGACUAAUUCAUAUUUAUCUUCAUUUUCAGGCAGUGAUCCUGUGAGGACCAGAAGAUACAGAACAGUUUCAGUGUAUUUGGUGCUGCAGUGCGUUCUUCUGCUCGAGGCAAUUAUUUUGCUGCAUAUGGAACAAAGAACCAAGAUUCACCAGUAUGAAAACAGUGCCGAAACCUUCAGUAAAAAAAAGACUGAGCUGUUUGGCGCAAUUGAACAUUUUUUAAAAACAAAGGAUGAAUUAGUAAAUGCCACUAACCAAACGACCAACCAAAAUAACCAGUUAACCAAGGAGAUAAGUCUACUGUCCAAACAUCUUCGUGAAAUGGAUGGAUGGAGGUGUUUUCAAUCUGAUUUAUACUACAUUUCCUCUGAAGAGAAAAACUGGUACGACGGCAAAGAAGAUUGUUUGAAGAGAGGAGCAAAUCUGACUAUUGUAAACAGCAACGAAGAACAAGAUUUUUUAAAAACUUAUGACGAAGUCUGGAUUGGUCUAACUAAUAUGGAGAACACGUGGAAAUGGAUUGAUGGCAGCACACCGACCUCUAGCUUCUGGGCGUAUGGAAAGCCCAAUGGACAUACAACGAAGUACUGUGCUGUGACUUCAAAGCGUCUUGACAAAUCGGAGUGGAAUGACUAUCCUUGCAGCUCUUCUUUUAAAUGGGUUUGUGAAAGAACCUUCUUAAAAUAAAAUCGGUAAUAUGUUCGCUUAUAGAAAGCAGGUAAAAAUCUAAUCACCCAGUAUUGUCUUUGUUUGUAAGAUAAAGAUUUUUCUUCAAAAAGACCCAUCGUAAUAAAUCUUUAUUAAACUAUUAAGGAAAUAAGUUUGUUUCUAUGUUCGUGCACAUAUGCAGUCAUACAGGAAACGAACAGAAAAAAGUUAGAAGCAGAUAAUUAUCAGUCUCAGUGCAUUCGAAUUUACGAGCAAUUUAUGAUCAUUGCAUAACUGGCUUUGGACGGAGGAAAUAAGGAGACCUUAACUUCAUACAUACUGUAUGUCUUUUAUAGUAAGAAA